GGACCUUCCCCGACCCACCACCAUCACCACUGCGGCGGCGGCGGCGGCAGUGCGUGGGGGCGUGACGCCGACCAAAUCCGCAACCCUAGCAUCGCGGUGGGCGGCGGGGACGGGCGGUCGACGGCUCGACGCGACGCCGACAGGUGUGGCCGUGUGGUGCGCGAGCACUUGCGGGGGUUCGCGGCGCCAGGCUGCCAGCGUGUGGCCUCCCGGCUUUCCGCCACUGUCAGGUGCGGAGGUGCUAGUUUUUUGGAAAUAAGUAAGCAAGCCAUAGUUAUAUGGUGAGCUGAUGUCAAAGGCACGUAAUGCUUUAGUUGCCACUGGAUUACUGGUCUUCGCUGGUGCUGGUUUAUCAUUUCCGUUCCUUUUCGUGAAAUCAAAGAACAGGCCUAUCAUUGAUUCGUCAAAACCUCUGCCACCACAGGCUACAUUCCGAGGACCAUAUGUGAAUACGGGAUCACGUGAUAUUGGACCUGAUCCUACCAACUAUCCCAAGAAGUGAUUUAAUCUUCCAUGAUGUUUCGAGGUCCUGUGUGAGCUAUGUGGAAAAGUUUUGAGUCUAUGUAAUUUGCCUCACUCAUAUUUGGUCCCUGUAUGAGUGAGGAUCAUGUUUUGGACCACCCUUUUUCUCUUUAAUACAAUGAAACACUGCGUUUUCAAAAAAAAAAGUGAUGUUUCGAGGUCCCAUUUCCCUCGACUCCACUGCUGUGAAAUGGUGUUCUGUCACCUUGUAUUUAGUGCGUUCUGAUCAUGGUUUGUUUUGGGGACAUCAGAUUGUGCAUGUGCCUUGACGUUACAUUUUUUUUAGCAAUACCUAAGGGAAUGACGGUUAUUGAA